AUGGAGAAUCCGCAUGCUGAGCAGCAAGCUGUUCUCCUUGGGCGUAUACUCAACAAUGUGUCUAAAUGCACGGAAACCCUUAAAGAGUUAAAUCACAGUCUGGAGAAUAUCGCGCGCCAAAACUCACAGGUCAAGAUCGCGGCUGAUUUGUCGAUGAAGUAUAGGCGGAACGUCCAGUACAAUCUCGAGGCAACUUCCGCGAAAAGCAGCAAGUAAAUGCAUAAACGCUGGGGUUGAUUGUGUUGUGAUGAUACAG